UCCAUCCCUCCUUCAGCCCCAGGGCUGUGUCCAUCCUCCCUUUUGCCAAGUACCACACCCAGCCAGCCUCUUUGGACAUACAUUAUUGCAUCUUGCUCAGAGGAGAGCAUCUCUAGCCUUGCUGUACAGUGCUGUUUUUGCCCUGAAAAUCUUUCCACGAUGCCGGUCACCCGCUCAAAAUCAGUCAACACUAGUGCCCUGACUUCUCAACUGGGUAUUGUCCGCCUGUUGGAAGCAAUUUUUACAUGUGUUGCUUUCAGCUUGGUAGUCCACCGCCAUGCCUGGCAGGGCCGUAAUGGAGAGUGGUGCAUGUUCUCAUGGUGCAUUUGCUUUGCCAUCACCAUUGUCAUCUUGGUGGUAGAAGUUGUUGGCCUUCAGCACCGCAUGCCAGUCUCCUGGAAGAACUUCCCCAUCACUUUUGCCAUGUAUGCCACCUUGGUGUGCCUCUCUGCUUCCAUCAUCUAUCCAGUAACCUUCAUUCAGAACCAAAACCUUUACCGUGAAGAGCGAGGAUAUCGCAUUGCUGCCACAGUGUUCUCCUGCCUUGCCUGUUUGGCAUAUUCCACAGAGGUUACCAUAACCAAAGCUAAACCGGGAGAAGUCACUGGAUACAUGGCCACCGUCCCUGGCCUGCUCAAGGUGGUAGAGACCUUCAUUGCUUGCAUCAUCUUUGUCUUCAUCAGUGAACCGAUUUCUUAUGAUCACCCAGAGGCUGUUCAAUGGUGCAUGGCUGUCUACUGCAUUUGCUUCAUCCUUUCUCUGGUGGUUAUCAUCCUCUGCAUUGGCGAAUGCACUGGCUGGCUGCCUUGUCCAUUCAACAAGUUCCUCAGUGGCUACACUCUUCUGGCUGUGCUCAUGUACGCAACAGCCACCAUCAUCUGGCCUAUCUACAAGUUUGACAGGAAACAUAAUGGAUAUCCCUCCCGGCCGGGCAACUGUGGAUCAUUCUGCUUCUGGGACAAAUGGGUUGCCAUUGCUGUCCUGACAGCUCUCAAUUUGCUGAUUUAUCUUGCUGACUUGGUGUAUUCUGCAAGGCUGAUUUUCAUCCAAGGAUAGAUGGUUGGCCGGUGGAAUCAAGAGUCAGGGCAGAGAAGGUCCAAUGGGGAGGAAAGAAAAAUACAGAGGAGGGGAGAGGGAACAACAACAGAAGGAGAAAGAAGUAUCAUUUUUGCUGCUUUCCCCUUGUCUCUUUCUGUGUUUCUCUCUUUCUCGUCCUAUGAUCCUUCCCAUUCUUUACCCCUUCUGUUUGUACAUUCCUUUUUUCUGCCUUCUCUAUAACCCAUGCGUCUUUUCCAUGUUCUCAUGUUUUUAGCUUGUUGUGCACUCAGACUUUUCUCCACCAUCACACAGUUAAAACUGCAUGAAUGCUCUUUCCCUGUGUGUCUUUGCCCCUUCAUUGUUUUUGGAUGCUCCUGUGCCUUAUUUUACUGACCCUGAAAAUGGUGUAGAUACAUUUGGGAGAUUCAUAAUUUGAGAUAGGAUGGAGGUAGAAGAACAGAGUGCAUGGAUGCACACAUUGCCUGUAACACCAGUGCAUGUUCAGGGACUGCUAUUCUUGAAUGAAGGGGAAUCUCACGAUAUUUCGUUUGCUGCAUCUCAGCAAAUUCAAACAUUUCCCAAAUCCUCCUUACACAUUGGUUGCUUAGCUCACAGGCAUUCUUUUCUCUUUCAUUGUACAUAUGUUGCUUCACUAUCCCUAUAUUUAAUCACCUUUAGCCCUUCAUGAUUC